AUGACAUUCGUUCCAAGAAAAACAUUUCCUAACUAUAACAUACCUUUGAAUAACUUCAAGGGUCAUCACCAAAAAGCACUUUCAAAAUUUGGGCAUCUUGCACCUCAGUUAGAUAUGAUAUUGGAAGUAAGGGAUUCCCGUGCCCCAAUUUCUACUACCAAUGUCUUAUUCGAUAAAGUAUUACCAAGCAAGAAGAAACUUAUUCUCUAUAGCAAAAAAGAUUUGUCAAUAUUGAAACCCAGGUUACUAGAAAAGUGGCACAAGCUGAAGAACGAGCAAUACAUGUUUGUGGAUUGUCGAAGUAAGCGUGACGGUAAGAAGAUCAUUAACGAAAUCAAGAAAUUAUACGAUAGUAUGGAGACACCACCUCCAUUGGGAUUGAGAACCAUGAUAAUUGGGAUGCCUAACGUAGGGAAGUCGUCAUUGGUGAAUACAUUGCGAUAUGUAGGGUUAAGCGAUGGAGAAAAUGCAGUUUCUACAAAAAUAAGGAAAGUUGCUAGAACUGGUGGUCAACCGGGCGUGACAAGAAGUACUAGUGAAAUUAUUCGUCUUUCACGUGAUCCUGAGAUUAUGGUAUACGAUACUCCAGGGGUGUUUUUACCGACUACAAAAAAUGCAGAAACAAUGCUUAGUCUUGCAUUGGUUGGGUGCAUUAACGAAUCAUUCAUUGAUCCUGUUAUUUUAGCAGAUUAUUUGUUGUACGUCUUGAAUCUACAAGAUCCAACAGGAAAGUUGUACACAGAUUAUAUCGAUCACCCAACUAACAAUGUGUAUGAGCUCUUGGAAAGCAUCGACCAAAAAAGAAAUGUUUUGCAAAUAGAUAAACGUUUUGAUGAAUGUGGAUUGGCAAACCAUUGGAUUAGCAAAUGGAAGCAAGGUAAAUCACUGAAGUAUCGUGGGUUAUUUGAUGUUGCAGCCAUUCACGAAAUCAACGCAAAGGACUUUGGUAACUUAACUAAUGCAGAAAGAGAGCGAAUUGGUUUAUCAAACGUACAGCAAAGACUUCAAGAAAGAUUCGGCGAUGAUGGUACAUCUACUUCUAAACACAGAAAAAGAACUGCCAAAGACAGAGAGUUUGACAUGAAAAAUAGACUAUUUAAACUUUAG